AGAAUGUCUUCCAGACUUCUUACCGAUAAAAAAUUUUAGAAAACAAGACUAGCAUCUGUCAAAUGGGGCUCCCUCUCCAUUUCUCUCUACACACCUUUCCUUUGGGGGGAGAAGAAGAGGAGAAUAGCAUGCAAAGUGCAAAAUGUUUCAAAUUCCUGUUCAAAAUCUUGAUAAUAUCAGGAAGGCUCGAAAAAAGGUGAAGAGCAUUCUUGCGGACCUUGGGCUUGACAGCUGCAGGGAAUUGUUGAAGAAUCUUAAAAGUUUUGACCCAGGUGAAAAACACUUUUGUAACACUUCAUGGAGUGAUGUCUCUCCUUGGGAGUCUGUGGGCAAAAGGAAGAGAUACAGAACAAAGCCGUACUGCUGUGGCUUAUGCAAGUUCUCGUCCAAAUUGCUUACUUCAUUCAAGAAUCACUUGCACCGUUACCAUGAGGAUGAAAUGGACCAAGAGCUGGUGGUUCCUUGCCCAAAAUGUGCAUUUGCUUCUGAUCCCAAAAUAGUGGGAAAACACAUCCGAAUGUUUCACUCGUCUAAUAAAAGAAUACAGAACUAUACAGUCAGCAUUUUGGAUGGCAUGAAACAAUUCAGGAGUGACAUCAUAAACUUUACAUGUCUAAAAUGUCACUUUACAGACACAUUGUAUUACAAUAUGAAGAAACACGUGCUGAUGAACCAUUUUCAAAACUUAAUAAGUACGUAUUUUGGCCAGAAACCUGAUGAACAUAAAGAGAAUUCUGUUGAGCACUACUGUAAAAAAUGUAAUGCUUCUGCAAACAGCCAGGAUUCUUUAAUGUUUCAUGUCUUGACAGCUGAAACACACCGAGACCUGGAGAACAAACUUCGAUCCGUGAUUUCAGAACAUAUUAAGAAGCCAGGACUUGUGAAGCAGAUGUAUAUUGCUCCAAAGCCUCCCCUAGGUGUGACAGCGGCUGCUCCCUCCUCAGGGCCUGCCGCUGCCCCAGCAGGUCCUGCCCCAGCUCCGGAGUGCGUCCAGCUUGCAGUUCCACAGAAUAAUCAAACCCAGAGUGUGGUGCAGCCCAAAGCAGUUCAAAACACAGUCGGAUCCCUGACUGUUCCAAGUGCCUCUGGUAGCCUUCCACAGACAACUUCUGCGCCGGCUGUUAUCCCGUCACACGUUACUCUUGUACCUGGUAAUCUUCCCGUAGGUCAGAGCAACGUUAAUAUUCAGCCGUCGCCUUCCCAGCCCAUCAUCGUUUCCCAUGGGCUCCCCCUUAACCAGCCUGUUGGGGCUGGGGAGAUUCCUCUUAAUCAUUCUGUCGGGACCGUGAAUAGAGCGGUGGCCCCCGCAGUUCUUCCUCUCAACCAGCCUGUCGGGCCCGGCCUCUUCCCUAUUAAUCCGCCCAUUGGUACUAUCAAUGGUCCGGUGGCCGCCGGGGCGCUGCCUGUUACUCAGCCUGUCAGCCCCGUGAAUCGACCGGUUGCACCAGGAGUCCUCCCCGUGAAUCGACCGGUUGCACCGGGGGUUCUCUCCGUCAACCAGUCGCUUGGGAAUGUGAAUAGACCCGUUGGUCCCGGCGUCCUCCCUGUCGCGCAGGCAUCGGGCGUUCUCCAGCUUAACCAGCCUGUUGCCUCCGGGGUUGUUCCUGUCAGGCAGCCUGUCAGACCUGGCUUUCUUCAGCUUAACCAGCCAGUUGCCCCAGCAGUUAUCCCAGUAAAUCAGCCAGUCCAACCCGCAGUUUCUCAAAACGCGACCUUUUUGACUGCCGGUUCCAUACUUAGGCAGUUGAUUCCAACUGGUAAGCAGGUUAAUGGGAUACCUACGUACACGCUUGCCCCAGUUUCAGUGACUCUGCCUGUACCUCCUGGGGGUGGAGUAGCAACUGUUAUGCCACCACAAGUGCCCAUCCAGCUCAUGCAGUCUGGGACGGUGACUCAGUUGUCCCAGUCACCGGCUAGCGCGCCCUCUCCUCCCGUGCUUUUAACGUCUCAGAAUAUAUCACUGCAAGGCUCCCCCCCCAGUCCUGAAACCAGUCAGGCUAUGAGACAGGCGAAGCAGUGGAAGACGUGCCCUGUUUGCAAUGAGCUUUUCCCUUCCAAUGUCUACGAGGUGCACAUGGAGGUGGCCCACAAACACGAUGAAGUAAAAAGGGAGCAAACCCCGGAACCUGACAAACUUGCAGCUUGCGCACCCUUCCUGAGGAUGACGGAAAAGACGGUCCGGUGUUUCUCUUGUCAAUGUUUUCUCUUUGAGGAGGAGCUCAUGAAACAUCUCUUGAUGCAUGGCUUAGCUUGCUUGUUUUGCACAGUUACUUUCCAUGACUUGAAAAGCCUCGUGGAGCACAAUAAAGUUACACACAACGGGAAGCAGCAGCUACACGCAGAUUAUAGCAACAGGGGGUUUCAGCUCAGUAGUGAUGCUCAGGGUAACCUUGUAUUUCCACACUUUGAUUUCAAUACAGCGUUACCGAAAGAAGACCUCGGUGAAAGAGAGGUACAUUUGGCAGUGCUUGUUGGAGUCCCGCUCAAUUCGAGGGUACUUGUCCCCAUUUACAUCAAAGUGAAGCCUCAGACAGCAGAUGCGAACAACAGGUGCAACAAGAAAGUGUUAACCUGUCCCUUUUGCUUUGGUACGUUUGUGAGUAAAGAAACCUAUGAAAUGCAUCUGAAAGAGCGGCAUCACAUAAUGCCGACUGUACAUACCAUUUUGAAGUCUCCUGCUUUCAAAUGCAUCCACUGUUGCGGUGUGUACACUGGCAAUAUGACGCUGACGGCCAUUGCUGUACAUUUGCUGCGCUGUAGAAGUGCUCCCAAAGACAGCAACUCGAGUGUGAAGAUGCAGCUUGAGCGGACGGAGAAGAAGGAGCUGCUGUUUGUGAACGGCGAGAAGCAUGUCACCGUGCUGCUGAAAAGAAAGCAGUCGGAUUCCUGCUUUGUUGCAGAAGACCAAAGGAGUAAGGAACAGCAGCCUCUGAGCUUAAGUACUGGCAUAGCUCUGUCUCCAGAAAACGAGGUGAAUGCAGGGGUAGUGCCUUUCAAACGACAGAAGGUCAAUAGCAGGACUGAGGUGAAGAAGCUUCCUUCCAGUGAGGAUCUUCGCAUUCUCGCGGUUGAUCCCAGACAGUACGAUCACAAUUCGUAUGAGGCUCAAAACCAGUUUUUGACAGACUACUUUCACGAGAGGCCAUACCCUUCUAAAAAGGAGAUGGAAGUACUGUCCUCGCUGCUGUACGUGUGGAAAAUUGAUGUGGCGUCGUUCUUUGGAAAAACGAGGAAUCUCUGCUUAAAGGCGAUCAAUAAUCACAAACCGUCUGUGCUGCUGGGUUUCAGUAUGUCCGAACUAAAAAAUGUUAAGCACAGUUUGAAUAUAAAAGAUGAACCAUUAGAUGUGUAA